UCACGUCUAGGGACUAUCAGUGGUAGGAGCAGUUAUAUGUCGACUCAUAGACCGUCGAGACAUGCAAUUGAUAUCGUUGGUAGUUGAUUCGUAUUACUGCUUACACAGUUUAGCAUUAUAGACUAAUCUGCGUUCGGCAACGAACCAUAAUUAUCCGAUAAUGAAACAUGGACCUCUCUCCCUACUCAGACCGAAGCGUGGGACUGGGGGCGGAACGAACGCAUUCUGCCACCGAAAGACUGAUACCCGCUGCUGAUAGCUGGAACCCCAUUCAAAGGCAAGCCAGGCAAAAAUAUUGCCAAAAUUGAUAAGCCGUAUCGUGUCAGUGUUGGCCACAUAUCGGCUGCCACCAAUUAUAUUCGCUGACCAUUGGCAAACACUUGUUUUGGUUAGUCUUUUUCGGUAAAGCAAAAGCAUCGGUACGUGCGAAAAGCGUUUGGGAAGAGACAAACAAAUAAAGACUUAACUACAAAGACAACACUUGAAUAAAAUAAGAUUAUAAUCAACAAAGGAAGUGUCAACAAUAUAUGUACCUAACAGACGAGUGCUACGAGAAUGUACGAGUAUGUUUGCUCAUUGACAAAGUAGGAACUUGCUCUUCGACAAUCAAUAAUUUGUGGACACUGAUAACGGCGAUAAUUAAUAGACCUAUAAAAUGCCUUCUAUAUUCAUAUUAGAAGUCUUUCUCGUUGUGUCUCUGCUACGUGAAAAUGCACAAGCAAUUAGUGGCAGUGAGUUCCGACGAUCAAUGAGUUCCGACGUGCAGCCCAAUCCAAAUCUACGCCAGAUAACGACCGAUGAGAGCGGAGAGUCCACUGCGGAUGCAGAUCUCAAGUCAGCUUUGCUCAAAUACGAUUCGGAUGAUGGUAACAGUUGUCUGCUCGAUAUCAUCAAGGAGGAUGUGCUGUGGUGGUCAUAUCCAAAUGGAACCCUGAAGCAGCUCAAUGGAAAAUACUCAACAUACUUAUAUUUGGACCUGUCGCAUGGCAACAUGGUGGAGGACACAGACUUGUUCCAGCAGACCAAACUCUCACUUACAUUUAACAUGAAGAAAGUUGAAGUCUUUUCGGCUGCCUACAACACACUCAAUGCAGUGCCCUACCAAGCGUUGUACUCUUUAAGGGACUCGUUGAAGCUGUUAACUUUGAGGGGAAACAAGUUUGCGGACCUACUGCCGGAUGCUGAGGCCGUUGAGCGGUAUUUGAAUGAAACUCGUGUGGACUCCAUUAACAACACAACACAACACAAAUGCGAGCAGUUGCUGGCACAAAAUGCCACUGAUCUGUUCGAUCGGGAAUGCUUUCUAUACACAACAGACAACAACACGAACACGAACACGAACACGAACAACGCCAACACGAUAAAUCCCCCAACGAAUGAUAAAUCCUAUGGUGAUUACAUUCAGUUACUGAAAGCGAAGGUUGACCAACUUGGGAAGUCAAAGCAAGCCAUUGCUUGGGCCACCUUUCCGAAUCUAACACGGCUCGUGGAGCUGGACAUCAGCAACUGCAGCAUUGAGUAUGUGGAGAAGGAGGCCUUUAGGAAUGUCACCAACUUGAAGCGGCUCUUCAUGUCGGACAAUAAAAUAAUGACCAUCAAUCAGGACACGUUCUAUUAUAUUCAGGGAGUGCAGUAUUUGGAUAUUUCCUUCACCAACGUACUCACGUACAGCUACCAAAUAUCAAUGCCCACACUUGAGAUGGCCAUGAGCCUCAUUUACGGACUAAAGAUACAGCAGAAUGCAUUUAAACUGCUGCCGGAAUUGAUCUAUCUGGAUGUUUCCCACUCGAAAAUGACUCGCAACAGUGCCGUGGCCUUUGCACACUUGGGGCCAAAGCUGAAGUUCCUCAGCUUGUGCUACACGGCCAUUCCCAUGGUGAGCAGCGCAAUUUUCAAAAACACCGCCCUGGAAGGCCUCGACUUGUCGGGGAACCCCUUCGUGUCGAACAAUAUCUUGGAUGAUGCUUUCGAUGGGAUUGGCAGUACGUUGAAGUACCUGUACUUUGAGCACUCCAACCUCAAGGAUAUGGACUGGUCCAGGCCCCUGAAGAACGUACAAAUCCUGGGCUUGGCGGGUAACAACAUAAACGCGCUGUCUUCGACCAUGUUCGAGCCGCUGAAGAGCUUGGAAAUACUCGACUUGAGCUCCAACCACGUUGGCAAUUGGUACAAGAGCGCUUUCGACAAUAACCUUGAGCUCCGUGUGCUGAAUCUUCGCAGUAAUAACAUUAAUGUGCUGACCAAUGAGAUGCUCAAGGACUUUGAACGCCUCGAGUACCUGAGUCUCGGCGACAACAACUUCAUUUGCAACUGCCACCUGAGGGAAGUGGUCGAGGUGGCGGCGGGUAACAACAAGGAAGCCGACUGUUCGUACAAUCUGCUCAACAUAAGCCCCACAAGUUCGUUGAAUAUCCAGAAAUUACUGAGCACCGCGGAAACUCUAAACAUAGAUCGAAAGCUCUGGCAGAACCGAUUUCUGCCGCAGCUGAAAAACAGCUACAACAACAUCAAAGACUACAAGCGGGUGAACAAGAUUUUCAAAUUGCGAUUCUUAGCUGGCCAUUACAGUGUCUCCAGAUGUCCUGCCUCGACGCCGUACCCAAUGUCCGAGCUAACCAACGCUGAGAUGUUGACUUUGAAGUUUCAGCUGCUUGACUAUGAUGCGUCGCAGUAUUGGUGCUUCAAUGACACCGAUCAAGUGCAGGUGGAGGAGCUGAACUGCCAGGUUCGAGCCAUGAACGAAAUCUCAAACGAAUUGCACAACCUAACGACGACGCUUAUAGCGGUGAUUGGCACCAUCCUCGGCCUGUCCAUUUGUGGCUUCAUCAUCUAUCUGAAGCGUUGGCACAUUCACUACUACUACUCGUCGCUGAAGUCCGCAGCUCUGCUGUCCAGUGCAUCGAAAGAGUCGGUGGACAGCUUUGCGCAUUUGUCGCAACGUGAUCCCAGCACGGUCUACGACAUCUUCAUCAGCUACUGCCAAAACGAUCGAGCGUGGGUGCUGAAUGAACUGCUGCCCAAUGUCGAGGAAGCAGGAGAUAUUUCCAUAUGUCUGCAUGAAAGAGAUUUUCAGAUCGGGGUCACCAUACUGGACAACAUUAUCUCAUGCAUGGAUCGAUCGCACUCAUUGAUGCUGAUCAUUUCCUCCAAGUUUCUACUCAGCCACUGGUGCCAAUUCGAAAUGUAUCUGGCCCAGCAUCGCAUUUUUGAGGUCAGCAAAGAACAUUUGAUCCUUGUGUUCCUGGAGGAUAUACCGCGUAGCAAGCGUCCCAAAACCUUACAAUAUUUAAUGGAUGUGAAAACCUAUAUCAAAUGGCCAGUCGAAAAACCCAAGCUGGAGGAGCGUAAGCUAUUUUGGAAACGCUUGAGAAGAUCGCUGGAAGUCAUUGGCAUUCGUCAUUCGAAAGAGAACAAAGAUUGAGGAACCCAUAAAUAACCCAAUAAAUUCCUAGUCAGUUUUACAUGUACCUGAUCAAAAAUAGAUUAAUACGUAAAAUAUA